UUCCUGCUCCAGGGCGUUGGAGGUUGGGUGGCCAGCUGAGUGUGUGUCACCUCCCCAAUGGAAUCAGCAUCCCCAGCGCCUGCUGGACACCUCAGCCCUAGCUCAAACCCUGCUGCCCUUCUCCCCAGAACAAAAAAGACUGAGGGUGAGGGUUGGAGGAAGGGUCUAGGAGGCUGAGAGUCCAGGGUCUCUCUACCAUAUCCUAUACUGACAGGGAGCUGCCUCCCAUAUCCACACCCUGAUGAAUGAUGCCCCAAAGUGUACACCUCUAGUGUCCCCAGCAUACACACAUGACACUUGCACCCUGCAAGGGUCCACCACUUUUACUCCUGCCCAGAGCCCCCAGGGUUUGGGACCCAUCAUGCUUGUGUGUAUGAACAUUCCACUACCUCACCUACCACUUAUGGGUACAGGUCCCUGCAUUAACUCAACCACAUUCUCUGCUAACUACUAAGUCAAGACACAGCUGGGGUCUGAUUGAUAAGCCCACGAAGUGCUCCCAAUGUAGUGGGGGACACAUAUGGACACACCUGGCUGGGGGGUCAGGAAAGGGUCAUAGAGGAGGUGAUGUUUGAGCACAGAAAAAGGGCAAAUGAGGAAAGGGGGCUGCUUGGGGUGGAAGCCAGCUGAUGAGAGUGCAGAGGGGUCACCUCGGAGCUGCAGUCAAAUCUCUGGGUUGAAUAGGCAGAGGGUGGGGGAGGGGAGACCUAGAGGAAAGCUGGGAGUUCUCCUUGGGAGAUUAAGAAGAUGGGCAGAGAUUGUUAAAGGGCCAGGCUUAUCUUUAGCUACCAGGUCCCAAAAAGAAUAGUCCCCUGAAUCUGCACAGGGACAUACAUCCCCCCUGCUCCCCAUACCCAGUCUGUCACCCAUAUGCCAUCCCCCACAUGAAGACGAAGAUAAUAUACCUCAUCUUCUACCCAAACCCACCCACAAUGCCCAGUGUCUUGCCCCUCCUCCCCAGCUUAGACGCCUUCCCAAGUCAGCCUCCGUCCCUCAUUCACUCCAGGAAUUCCCUGCCCUCCAGCGUGGGUCCUGAAGUCCUGGCUCAGAGGUCCAGACACCUAGUCUUGGGGAAGGUAGGUGGGGAAGCAGGGGUCUGUUUUUCUGAAUCUUGAAGCCAACACGCACUCCCAGUGCCCACAGACUCAUACACUCACAGAGCUUGCGCUUGACCCCCAACCCAGUCACUGGGGCCUUCUUUCCCUGAACCUGCACACCUGCGUCCUCCAUGUGAACUACCCCUCCCCUAUCUUUGCCUUGUUAACAUUUUCAUAACCCCUUUAGGUCUCAGUUCUAAAGGCACUUCCUCGAGGAUCCCCUCAUGAUGCCAGCCAUGUCAGUCUCCUGUGAAUAGCUUCCAGAGCCCCCAUUCUUCUUUCUCCAUCACAGUUCCUACUUUGAAAUUAUUCUGUAAUUGUUUGUGUGACUAUUUGAUUCAAGUCUGUCGUCCUCAUUUCAGGGUGAGCUCAGGGAAGGCAGGGAUGAUGUCUGUUUUGUUUCCUGUGCCUGGAACACAGUAGGCGCUCAGUAAAUAUUUGUGGGAUGAUUGGCACUGCCAGACACGCUCACCACACCUCACCACACACAGAUGAGGCUGCAGGCUCCACAGAAGGGCCUGAAAUGGCCCUAACCCUGAGCAGACCCGGGUGUCCUGGACUCACAUACAAGGCCUAAGGAGGGAAGGAGGCAGGAGUGGCUGUGGCCCCAUGAUAACAAAGGCUGGGCCAGGCCCUGGGGGGCAGAACUGUCUGGCAGACCUGGGGCAAACAGCAAUUGGGUGGCUCUCCCGGGAGUCAGGCCGUGGAGUUUCCAGGCCUGCCCAGGGCUGUUCUCUGGCUGAUCAGCCCCUCAACGCACGCACGCACACGUGAAAAGCCUGAGGGUCUGGGAGGACUCAUACUUUGGUGGCAAAUGAAGAGCUGAGCAUGAGGGCGGGGCCAGGAGCGGGGCGGGCAGGUAGGUGCCUUUCUCCAAACAGCCGCCACUCUGGAAAGUCUCUGCGUAGCCAGGCCGUGCGGGAGACGUGUCCUCACUGCUGGCUGCGGAGACUGUCUCCUUUUGUGCCUGUUCCCUGCCUUCAAAGCCAGCCUUGGACACCUGCUCCUCAUUCCCAGCGUGGAUUCUGGGGUCCCUUCCCUCUGGACCUAACACCUGGAUCUUGCCUUUGAAACCAGCCCUAGGUCCCUUCCCUUGGGUUCCUGGUGUCUCCCCAGGAGCCCUUGUCCUGGGCCAUGGCCCAGAGGGUGGGCCUAGGGCCUCAGCGGCUGGAGGCUGUGACCAUUCUGCUUUUGCUUGGAUUAUUCCAGUCCAGGAUGGGAGCUCACGGGGCUGAAGCAUUCUGCGGCAUGGCCUCCCAAGCACGCAUCACAGGUGGUAGCAGUGCAGCCCCUGGCCAGUGGCCCUGGCAGGUCAGCAUCACCUACGAUGGCACCCACGUGUGUGGCGGUUCUCUUCUGUCUGAGCUGUGGGUGCUGUCGGCUGCUCAUUGCUUCCCAAGGGAGCACCGCAAGGAAGACUAUGAGGUAAAGCUGGGGGCCAACCAGCUGGACUCCCACACCCCUGAGGCGGAGGUCCGCACUGUGGCACAGAUCAUUUCCCACAACAGCUACCGCCACGAGGGCUCCCAGGGCGACAUUGCGCUCCUCCGUCUCAGCAGCCCCAUCACCUUCUCCCGCUACAUCCGGCCCAUCUGCCUCCCCGCAGCCAAUGCCUCCUUCCCCAAUGGCCUCCAAUGUACUGUCACCGGAUGGGGCCAUGUGGCCCCCUCAGUGAGCCUCCUGGCCCCCAGGCCAUUGCAACAACUUGAGGUGCCACUGAUCAGUCGCGAGACAUGUAACUGCUUAUACAACAUUGACGCCAAGCCCAAUGAGCCCCACUUUAUCCAGGAGGACAUGGUGUGUGCUGGCUAUCUGAAGGGGGGCAAGGAUGCCUGCCAGGGUGACUCUGGGGGCCCACUCUCCUGCCCUGUGGGGGGCCUCUGGUACCUGGCAGGCAUUGUGAGCUGGGGCGAUGCCUGUGGGGCCCCCAACAGGCCUGGUGUGUACACUCUGACCUCCAGCUAUACCUCCUGGAUUAACUUCCAUGUGACAAAGCUCCAGCCUCGUGUGGUGCCCCAAAUCCAGGAGUCCCAGCCCGACAGCAACCUCUGCAGCAACCAUCUGGCCUUCAACUCUGCUGAAGCCCAGGGCUUUUUGGGGCCCAUCCUGCUGCUGCCACUAGGCCUGACGCUGGGCCUCCUCGGCCCAUGACAUGAGCACCGAGCUGCUCUCUCUGGGAGCUGACUCUGCUUCCAGGACUUGCACAUCGCACCCAAGGGCAGAUACUUGUUCCCAGGAAUGGACCUGGCUCCUCCCUGACACUCUUUGGGCCUGGAGCCUCACGUGAGCCACUUCUUCCUCCCAGAAACCUGUUGGAGUCCAGGGCACCAUCUUCAAUUUUGAGUCCACUCUUCUGGGUCUGUUCUUUGGGACUAAACCCACAGUCAGGAGUUUUAUUGCCUGUGGUACUGGCUAGAACCUCUGGCCACCUAUACCUGCUGUCCACAAGCCUAUUGGUUGGGCUCCUAAGGAGGUCCCAAGGAACCUUAGCUAUGAAAAGAGGCCCUGGCUCCCCAUCCUCUUUCUAGAAGACUGGGCAACUGCCCAGUUGACUGCUGCUGAAGGGCUGGCUCCAGAGCCCUGCCUGCUCUGCCUGAUGAGCCCCAUCACUUCAUCCUCGUCCUGUCUUCUGGGCUGGGGCUGCCUCUGGGCAGCAUGUUUUCAAGGACAGAAAAGGCCCCAAUCUUGCCCCAUUGGCUGCCAUGCCACCCUUCAGCCCUGAUUUCUGGACUCCGGAGGACUGAGCCCCCACCGGAACUGGGCUCGGGCUUGGAUCUGGGAUGGGGGGUAAAAGGAGCAAGAAGGAAUAAAAUGUUUUGAGCACA